GACUGGUGCGCCUCCAGGACCUGGUGCGCGCACCUCCCGAGCUCGACAUGGAGGUCUACAUCAGACAGGCUCUGCCAGAGGAAUACCGGGACGUCCUCAGAGAGAUCAAAAACAAGGACAUCCGUAACAUUGUGGUCGACACAAAACCAGAGAACAUUCAGCUCUUCUUGCGCUCGUUGCUGCAGCUUCAAAUGAACGACGAUCGCCAUCACUAUCUGUUCACCUCAUUUGACACGGAGACGUUUGACCUGGAGGAUUUCCGGUACAACCGGGUCAACAUGACGGGCUACCGGCUGGUGGACACCUCCAGCGGCCUUGUGCAGGCCUCACUGGCCGCCAUGGAGCAGUUUCAGCCCGUCAGCUCCGUCAUGGUGCCCGCGACCAACGUCAUCAAGGCGGAGACGGCUCUGAUCUAUGACGCAGUGAACGCGUUUGCUCACGGUCUCCACGCGCUGACUGGUGCGGGCAGAGUGCCGACACCGAACGUCACCUGCGAACUACUCAACACGUGGAACGGCGGCCUGCAGCUCUACGAACGCAUCAGCGCGGUCCAGAUGCCGGGUCUAACGGGCCCAAUCCAGUUCUCCGGCGGACGCCGGACUCGUCUGAAGCUAGACCUCAUGAAGUUGACCACCUCCGGAAUGAAGAAGGUCGGCUGGUGGAGUGACAGGACGGGCAUCAACGUGACCGACAGCUCGGCCUUCUACGGCACCGACCUGCCCAACGUCACCCUGCUCGUGUCGACCAUCCAGGAGCGGCCGUUCAUGAUGCUGAAGCCGGCGGAGAACGGCUCGGAGCCCCAGUUUGAGGGGUUCUGCGUGGACCUGCUGGAGCGGGUGGCGGAGCUCGUGGGGUUCCAGUACCGCAUUGAGCUGGCUCCGGACAGCGUGUUCGGGUACCAGGACGCCGUCACCGGGGAGUGGGACGGCCUGGUGAGACGGCUCAUUGACAAGAAAGCAGAUUUGGUCGUCGCUUCGAUGACCAUCAACUACGCCAGAGAGGGAGUUAUCGACUUCACCAAACCGUUCAUGAAUCUGGGAAUCAGCAUACUGUUCAAGGUACCAAAUAGCCAGCCAACACGCCUUUUCAGCUUCAUGAACCCGCUGGCGGUGGAGAUCUGGCUGUACGUCAUGGCCGCCUACAUGGUCGUCUCCUUCACCAUGUUCGUGAUGGCGCGCUUCAGCCCGUACGAGUGGAACAACCCGCACCCGUGCUUCGACGAUAACGACGUGGUCGAGAAUCAGUUCAGCGUCAGCAACAGCUUCUGGUUCAUCACCGGAACACUGCUGCGGCAGGGCUCCGGACUGAACCCUAAGGCCGCCUCGACGAGGAUCGUGGGGAGCAUCUGGUGGUUCUUCACGCUGAUCAUCAUCUCGUCCUACACGGCCAACCUGGCGGCCUUCCUCACAGUGGAACGGACCUCGACACCUAUAGAGAGCGCUGCGGACUUGGCAAAACAGGAAGACAUCGAAUAUGGAACGUUGGAGGGAGGAUCAACUAUGACGUUCUUCAGGGACUCUAAGAUCGAGACGUACCAGAAGAUGUGGAAGUUCAUGGAGAGCCGAAAGCCGUCCGUGUUCGUUCCCAACUACGAGGAGGGGGUGCAGCGCGUGCUGAAGGGUAACUACGCCUUCCUCAUGGAGUCCACGCUGCUGGACUACAUUGUGCAGCGCAACUGCAACCUCACCCAGGUCGGAGGACUGCUCGACUCCAAGGGGUACGGCAUCGCCAUGCCAGUCGGCUCUCCGUGGCGGGACAAGAUCUCUCUGGCGAUCCUGGACCUGCAGGAGAAGGGGGUGAUCCAGAUGCUGUACAACAAGUGGUGGAAGGACACCGGGGACGUGUGUAGCAGGGACGAGAAGAAAAAGGACUCCAAGGCCAGCCCGCUUGGUAUCGCCAACAUAGGUGGCGUUUUCGUGGUGCUGCUCUGCGGGCUGUCGCUGGCCAUCGUCGUGGCGAUGCUGGAAUUCUGCUGGAACUCCCGGAAAAACGCCCAGACCGACCGGCAAUCGCUCUGCAGCGAGAUGGCCAACGAGCUGCGGUUCGCUGUGCGGUGCCACGCGCCCCCUCGGCGACCGGCCCUGAAACGGUCCUGCUCCCGCUGCCAGACUACCAACGCCACCUACGUCCCGCCGCCGCCGCGAGCGCCGCCUAACGGCUGCGAGCUGAACCUGCCGCGAAGUGUGGAGAACGGGGCCGCCCGGCACCGGGGGUCGUUCGGGUACGAUGUGAACGAUUGUGCGUGAUUCUCAGACAGCGGUGUGAAGUGAGGUGAACUAUUAUAGCCUGGGGAGUGGGGAGGGGAGAUGUUUGUGUAUGUGUCGGUGGGGCUGGAGGGGUUAUUGGGAUUUGACCAAACGUGCGACAUCAGCCUGUUGGGACUGAGUUGGUGAGUAACUCGCAGUAUUUACCAAAACCAGAAAAUGUUUCAUUUGCUCCUUACAGCAACUGCCAUCCACCAUGCUAGUGAAAAAUACCGUGCUGGUACUUCACCUUCCCGAUCUCCCGUCCCUUGAUAGUGUAUAUCACAUGAGCUGCGACUGGUUAAUAGUGAUUCACAUUCCAUAUGCGAUACAGAUUGCAAGUGCGUAAAAGAAGUGUUUGAUUGUAGUGUGGUUACUGGUUGUGAAUGUCGAUACCAUUACCAACCAUCAUAGUGUCAGUCUGAAUAACCCAUCUGAGUGGGUGAUUCUUGUAUAUUGUACAUAGGUAUUUACAUAAAUAAGCUGGUAUGAUAACUGAUAAGCUUAGCAUGUGUGCUGAUCAGUGAUCGUGCACCCAGAAUUUUCAUAAAAAUGCAUUACCGGCAUAGAAUACGUUAUAAGUGGCAUGAUAAGCUUGGAGCUGCGUGUGAACUGUGAAUCUGUCAUUGCAAAGGACGCAUGUGUACACUUUUCCAAUUGCUAGUCAUGACCGUCCAAAGAUGCGUUUUAUUGCGAUAGAAAAUUGUGAAUCAAAGCCUGUUCAAAAUUGUGACAGAAAUGAAAAAACUCCUGAUGUGUGUUGUGAUGGAACGGAGUGGAAAAAGCAGGGUAAAGCAGAUAGCUCGAUUCGCCUUUUUAGAAAGCACUGAUGCAGCAUACGAGUAGAUCGAUGACAAAUGAUUUGUUGACAAUAAAUGAAGACACCAUACACCA